AUGGAAAUAUUAUCAAGAUUCAAGAAUGAGUUUUGUUUUGGUUUAUCAAUGUGUGCUUCUUUGCAGGAGGGACCACACUCUGUGAUUAAAGAUGAAGAGUUCUUUGAUGCAAUGGACGCUGCAUUGGAUAAGCGAGAUAAGGAAGAGGAGUUGAAUGACAAGUUACAGACACACAUUCAACCCGUCCAGCACCAAGUACCAGUUCCUGUUAAAAUGAAAGGCGAAAGACAUUGGCUCUCUGAAGAGUGUGAUAAAAAGGUGGAUGAAGCAAUUAAGUAUGUCUUUGAAGAUUUACACGGUGAAGAAGGAACGUGGCAAUUAGUUCAUGAAGAAGGUGAAAUGAAGGUAUAUCGUAGUGAACAGGAGAUUGAUGGAAUUGUUAUAGAUCCCCUCAAAGCUGUACACAGAGUACAAGGGAUAUCUGCACAUGAAAUGUGUUAUUACUUUUUCGAUGGUGGUUGUAGAAUGGAGUGGAAUGUGACUUUAGAAUAUGGUGAGGUCAUUGAACCUUUGAGCGAUGAUUGUUUGAUCUGGCAUGAGACCAUAAAGCGAGUAUGGCCCACUGCACAAAGAGAUUGUGUUUAUUGUUCCCAUUUUAGAAAACUUUCCAUGGAUGAUGGCAAUGAUCCUGGCACCUAUCUAGUCUGUAAUUUUUCAAUUGAUCAUCCGGAUCUACCGAUUAGCAGUAAAUGUGUGCGAGCCAAAAUCAAUAUAGGAAUGUUUUGUCAAACUAUUAUUGAUCCCCCAGUUGCUAAAGGUGAAGAAGUGCCAAGGGAGAAUGUUUGGUGUAAAAUAACAUACACAGCCCAUGUGAAUCCUGGUGGAUGGGCUCCAGCAUCUGUGCUACGUGCAAUGUAUAAGCGUGAAUACCCACGCUUCCUCAGAAAAUUUUCAUCUUAUGUCGGAAAGCGUGUGGAAGAUAAUGAAGUGAUGUGGUAG